AUGGAAAUGUCUAAAGGUAAAAAGGGUGUUAUAUUCUUUUCAAUGGGAACAGUAAUGAAAACAACAGAUAUGGAUGAAAACUUUAGAAGGAAUGUAUUAUUAACUUUCUCUCAAUUAACUGAUUAUCAUUUUAUUGUGAAAAUUGAAAAUGAUGACAAUUUUUCUUUAAAUUUUGCCAAACAAUUCAAAAAUAUUUUUGUCACAUCAUGGGCUCCACAAACUUUAAUUUUAAAACAUCCUCGAUUAAAAUUAUUUAUUACUCAUGGAGGUUACAAUAGUUUAAUGGAAUCAGCACGUGCUGGAAUACCUUUAAUUUCUAUGGGGUUUUUUGCUGAUCAAUUUAGAAAUGGACGUGUGGCAGAAAGGAAUGGUUGGGGACUUCCAUUUGAUAAAAGAUUGUUACUUAAUGGAAAUGAAGAAUUUAAAAAGGCUAUUUUAAAAGUUAUUGAGAAUCCAAGGUGGAUUUUUUAUUUAGGUUGA